CCUUCACAGGAAACAGUAAAAGAGAAAGCCUUUGGAACGUGAUACGCCCGUCCGCCCUGCCCCCCCAGUCCGGCUUACGGUCGUUUUACGACAGUGUCCGAUCGCAGGCUUGCUUUCCGGUAGCGUGGUCUGACGCUUCGCUCAAUUUCCGUCAGCGUAGCUCUGGCUACCCACAGCUGUGGGGUUCGAAAGUUCGAGUCCCACUGCGGGAAUGAGCCUCUUUGACCUCUUUCGGGGCUUUUUCGGCUUUUCUGGACUUCGGAGCCACAGAGAUCCCUUUUUUGGAGGGAUGACUCGCGAUGAAGAUGAAGAUGAUGAGGAAGAAGAAGGAGCCAUGUGGGGCCGUGGGAGCUCGAGAUUUGAGGGUCCCCAGCCCCCCGAGGAAUUUGGCUUCGGCUUCAGCUUCAGCCCAGGAGGAGGGAUGCGUUUCCACGAUAACUUCGGCUUUGAUGACCUAGUACGGGAUUUCAAUAACAUCUUCAGCGAGAUGGGGGCCUGGACCUUGCCUUCCCGCCCUCCUGAACUUCCAGGUCCUGAGUCAGAGACACCUGGUGAGAGACGGCAGGAAGGACAGACGCUUCGGGACUCAAUGCUUAAGUAUCCAGAUAGUCACCAGCCUAGGAUCUUUCGUGGGGCCUUGGAGAGUGACGCAAGAACUGAAUCCUCCAAACCAGCACCAGGCUGGGGCUCCCAGAGACCUUUUCAUAGGUUUGAUGAUACGUGGCCUGUGACCCCCCAUUCUAGAGCCAGAGAGGACAAUGAUCUUGAUACCCAGGUUUCCGAGGAGGGCCUUGGCCCAGUUCUGCAGCCCCAGCCCAAAUCCUAUUUCAAGAGCAUCUCUGUGACUAAGAUCACUAAGCCAGAUGGGACAGUAGAGGAGCGCCGGACUGUGGUGGACAGUGAGGGCCGGAAAGAGACCACAGUAACCCAUCAAGAAGCAGGUGGCUCUCCUAGAGAUGGUCCAGAAUCACCAACACCUCCAUCCCUGGAUGAUGCCUUUUCCAUCCUGGAUUUGUUCCUAGGACGUUGGUUCCGGUCCCGGUAGCCUUGUUAACCCUCAGAGGCCUUUAGGUUCUUUUUGCCUCCCACCCUUUGCUCACCAGCAAUGGGCUUAGUUCUCCUCCUGCCACGUCAGCACCUUGGGUGUGUGGAACAGUGAAUUGGGGGUAUGUCAGUAUGUCACUCACCCAGACUGACCAAUAAAACCUUUAUUUAUGCUAA